UGGGAGGUGGAAUCAUCAAUAAGAAAGAAGAAGCAGCAGCAGAGGGCUUUCCUAGGGGACCUGCUGAAGGAGCAAUUGCAGGCAGACUUGGCUGCGAUCACAGGUUCUAAAGCUCUGCCGAUCCAGCAGGACGCGCUUCAAACCCUAGAGGCACUACUGAGGGAGGACCCAUCCUCCUCUUCCUCCUCCUCCUCCACUCCUCCACGGUCACCUUCGUUACAGUCACAUACGUUAAGAAAUGCCACAUCAGCAACAAGAGAAGCUGGCACGUCAGCAGGUGCAGGAGGGGCAGAGCAGGGGCCGCUAUCCCCUCAAAUGCCAAGAGGCGGGUGCUUCUCCUCCCACGGGUUCCCAGGCAGCUGUUGCUGCCCCUCUGUGCCCCGAGCGCCGAACACCACUAGUGCCUCCUCUGCAGCAGCAGCAGCAGCAGCAGCGGCGGCGGUGGGGGCAUCAGCCUCAGCAUCAGCGUCAGCAUCAGCUGUUCCAGCAAGAGUAGAAACAGAAGCAACAGCGCCAGCGGCGGCAGUUGAACCAAGGGAAGUGAAUGCUGCUCUUCCUCCUGCGCCCGCUGCUGGUACUGCUGCAGCUACAGCAGCCGAACCAGGGGAAUCAGCAGCAUUGGCGCUAAGAGAAGAAGGAGAAGCAACAGCAGUAACAGUCCCGGCCAUUGCAAUGCUUGGUGGUGCAGGGACGGGCAGAUGUGAAAUCGAGGCAGCAAAUGGCUCAUUUAUGAAUGGUUCACAAGCGAAUAGUUCAGCAGGCAUAGCAGCAGAAGAUCAAGGGGCAGCAUUAGCAGCAGCAGCACAGCUACGUCCUGCAGAGAGGAGUGACUAUAACGAGGAUGGAGUGGACCGGCGUUGCAGCAGUGACUGUAUUGAAGAGGCUUGUACAGAAACCAGGUGUAUUCAAGAAGGCAGGCGUGAUUGUAGUCAAGGUGAUUCUAUUGAGGGUGACUGUACCCAAUGCAGCGCAGCAGCUGUCUCUGGUUCUGGGUUGACUCAGGGACGGUGUGACUAUAACGAAAGUCAGGCCAGAGAGGCCUGCAAGGAUGCCAGGUCAGCAGACAAUGCCACAUCAGCAGGUCCUGCAGCUGGGGAUGCAGCAGAGGAUGCUACAGCAGUGGAGGAGGCGGCCUCUCUGCUGCUCCAGUCGUACGUUGAGAAAGCAGAGGCGCUGAGCAACGUGUUCACUCUAGCACAGGCAGAGGAUACCCCAGGCGAGCUGCCAGAGCACCUGUCGUGUCGCAUCAUGCUCGACAUUCUCCGCGAUCCCGUGAUAACACCAAGUGGAGUGACGUAUGAGAGAUCCGCAAUUGAGGAGCAUCUGAAAGCGGGCAACUUGUUUGACCCAGUAACUAGGAGGCCUCUCUUAUCUCAGCACCUCAUUCCUAACCGGGGAGCAAGGGACGCUGCUGAACAUUUUCUACACUCUCAUGGAUGGGCUUAUCGUCCUUCUAAAUAA